AUGAAAAUUUUGUUCAAACUUCUUAUAUGCGAGAUUCAUGAUGAAGAAUAUUACAAUAAAAUUUGGAUUUUAUCAUUUGAAUUGAUCAAUCACAAAUCAGGCGAAUCAAUACUUACAUCAUGCGGAUUUUCAGUUCUAUGCCUACUACUUGACAAUAAUUUUAAACAAAAUCUUUCAGAAGAAGAUUUAAAUUCAAUUUUAAUUUUUUCCAACGAAAAUGCAAAAAUCAUUGAACCAAUUUACAGAUUUAUUGCAAACUUCAAUGAUACAACCAUUAUUAAUGCUCUAUUCGAAAAAGGUUUGAUGUCAAAUAUUAUUUCGAUUUUACAACAAAAGAAAAUCGAAUCAUCAAUUGUUUUACGUUUUCUUAAGACCAUAGAUUACAUUCCAGCACCAAAUGAUAUCAUUUUCUCAGUUUCAAUUGAAUUAUUUAAUUCUCAGUUGAAUCCUGUUAAAAUUUCAGCUGUUAAUUAUGCAUCAUUCUUCCUACAGCAUACUCCUUCAUCAGAAAUCAUGUCUGCUAUUCCGAAACCACCUUUUCUCCUCUUAAGUUCAUUAAUUGACGAAAGUGACCUCGAAGUUUCGUUUUCUUCCAUAAAAAUCAUAGAAAGGAUACUUAAUAUUAUGAUAAAUGAAGGUAUUAAAGUACCUUCUAACAUAGUAGCAAACAAAAUUGUUUCUGCUCUCGAUGAAAUUUAUGGAUUGAAUCAGGAAAUUGACGAAAAAGCAGAUUUGAUAAUUCAAAUAUUACACCCAGAAAAUUAA